AUGGCUGAAGAGGGAAAGGUGAUCGCCAGCCACACAUUUGAGGCUUGGACGGAGCAGUUUGAGAAGGCAAAUAGGGGAAAGCAACUGAUUGUGCUGGAUUUCAGUGCUGCCUGGUGCCCACAUUCUCGUUCCAUGAGUCCAAUGCUGGCAGAGUUGGCGAAGAAGAUGCCAAAUGUCACAUUCUUGAUGGUGGAUGCUAAUGAAUUGUGUGCUGUUGCUAUGGAAUGGGCAGUUAAGGUAGUGCCAACCUUUUUUUUCUUGAAGCAAGGACAAUUACUCGACCAGUUUGUUGGUGCCAACGUAAAGCAACUGAUCUCUACCAUUGAAAGGCACGCUGGUGGCGCACACGGGAUUUUAGAAUCAAUACUGGGGACUAAUUAUCCACAACCUCAAGUGCUCAUUGGUUUUCCUAAUUAUUCCAUACUGGGGACUAACAAUGGUUUUCCGGUUAACAUUCCGGCAACACCAUCUACUAGCAUUGACAUGCCCACCACAACCGACACUUCUACUCAUCAUUGCCAUUAUCCUUAUUAA